UUGAAACUCUCACUUCUCCUCCGCCGUCGGAAUGUCGACGACUCCCGAUCCCAACAACUCCUUCGCAUCCGUAACGGCGUCUCCCUCUCUCGUCACCGCAUCCGAAACUCCGGCGAUACCCCCAAACAACGCCAGAAAAAAUCCGUCUCAGCCACCACCCGCUCCACCGCCACCGUCUUACAGAUCCAUAGCUCCGGUUCAGCAUGCUAAUCCGAUCCAACAAACUCACAACAACCUCCAGACACAGUCAAUCCCGAACCGACGCCCUAAUUCGCCUCACCACCACCAAGACCCCUCGACGGUUCUUUACCCGUUCGCUCCUCCUCCGUCGGGUCGAGGAGGGUUCUCGGUCCGACCCGUUCGGAUGAGUUCACCGUUAGUCGCUGCCGCCGCUGCUCCUCCUACCGUAACGGCGGCGGGUAAUCAGAGCGGUUACACUCUUCGCCCCGGUUUGGCUUACAACCACCGAUUAGCGGAAUCGAUGAUGCAGUUCAUGAGGGCGAGGAAUCCUCCUCAGAUUCAUCAUCAUCAUCAUCAUCAUCAGCUUUCUCAUCCCGGGUCGGGUCCCAUGAGAGGAGUUCCUCACUUUCUUCAACCGCGGGUUGCCCCUCCCCCAACUUCAGUUCUAGACUCUGGCAGGAAUAAAAAUGCCAGAAGGAGGGACGCGCUUGUCCUUGUUAGAGGGAGAAAGGUUAGAAUCACUGAUGAUGCUUCUCUUUAUUCCCUUAGUCGAUCGUGGUUGAGAAAUGGUGCCCAUGAAGGAAUGCAGUCGCAAAGGAGCGAUACAAUGAAACCGUUACCAAAGCCUUUACCUCUGGAUGUGAUGGAAGCAGCUGUGCCGAACGAAACAGCUGAAAAAACUACUGAUGAUGAAGAUAAAGAGGACGAGGAAUCUGUGAAGGAAUUAACAGAGAAGGAUCUUUUGCAAGGACACAUCGAGCGAGCUAAGAAGGUCCGCGCACGAUUAAGAGAAGAACGGUCGAGGAAGAUUGCGAGGUACAAAGGAAGAUUGGCUCUUCUUCUGCCACAAUCUGGAGAGCAGUGCACGAAGAACGAUUAAAAGUUCUGUACUUAGGAUCCUGAGGCCUUUACAUGAUUGUUGUUAAUUUUAGCAUAGCACCACAUACUGUACGUCUAGGAAGGUGUGUUCUUUCUCUCAUAUAGAUAUAUAUAUGAUAUAUCUUUUUUAUCUGCAUUCUCUAAUAGAUUUUCUUCUUUUGGUUUGUAUCUUCACUACAUUUUGGUCAUUUGCAAUUCUCUUAUGCCA